AUGUCCACCCACAAGAAGAACGACCUCCCCUACAUCCACCGCUACAUCACCACCCACAGUUCCGACGGCGAAGCAGUGUUUGUCUCCCAUGCUCAAAUUCCCGAUUACAUGCCAUCACAACCCGCCGGCGAAGAUGGCGAGAUCGCACUUCUCUACGCCACGACAAGUGUCCCUGCCAACAUCGACGACGAAGCUGACAUAGCGAUGUACGACGAGUUUCUCCACCAACCUCCAGGGCUUACAACACAGUCAGGAACAGCCUUCAGGAUGAUCGAUCUACGCCCCGGUAAAAUUACUCCCAUGCAUCGUACUGUCAGUAUUGACUACGGGGUUGUCGUGGAGGGGGAGGCGGAUUUGAUACUGGACUCUGGGGCAAGUCGGCAUCUCCGCCGAGGCGAUGUCAGUAUACAGAGAGGCACGGCACAUUCAUAUCGAAAUCGAAGCUCAUCCGAAUGGUGUCGCUUGCUAUUUGUGUUCUUGCCAAUGCAAAAGAUUACAAUCAAAGGCAAGGAGUUGGGCGAAGACGUAUAUGAUGAGCAAUAUGAGAAACCGGGAGAAGAUUGA